AAUGACGUAACAGCAACGGUACUAUAGCACGAAAAAUGGCCGGCACGAUGUGGGCAGAGGAUGAAAUUGGACGAAAGUGGGAUCGUUGCUUUACGGAUGCUAUUCUUAAGUUCGGCGGCGGUGUAAUCCUCGGCGGAGUGUUUUCCCUCUUUUUCUUCAAGAGGAGGAAAUGGCCCAUUAUAACAGGUGCUGGCUUUGGAUUAGGUAUGGCAUAUUCUAAUUGUGAGGAAGAUAUAAAUGCAUCAAUACGUCAACAGAAGCCUAGAAGUUGUAAACGUGAAGAGAAAAAAUAGUGUUUAGAAUCUAAUAUAGAAGCAAAAUUGAAGUUAUUAUUAAGAUAAAAGAUUCAAUAAAUAAAAUAGUUAUACUGCUCUAAAUUUA